AUGUCGUCGUACUCGCCACGACUUAAUGUCAUGCAUGUCCGCCAGAACAUCGGCUGGUGGGAUCUCGGAUCGCAUUGGGUGUUGCGCGACUACCCUGACGACGACACAGCGGGCAAUGAGUAUAUGACCCACGUGUAUCUACGUGAGCAACUGGGCGACAAAAUUCCCCUGGUAAAGGAGAUGCACCUGUUCCCAGCGGGUUCGGUAAACUUCACCGUAGAGUCGCGAGCCCAGGGGAAGCAGCUGAUGGAGGUCUGGGAGAGCCUCUCACCCCAACAGAUCGCCAACUACCAGGAUCAAAUGGUAGACAUCCUCAAGCACAUGCGGCAGCUGACGGCACCACGGCCACAAAAGGUCAACGGCGACAGGCUGGGGAACUGUCUCACCGGCAUAACCAUGAAGGGGCAUGCCCCUUGGUGCUUGGACAUCGGGUAUACCAACGAAGAGUGGAUGGAGAUUCUUGCCGGAGACAUCCGCUACAACCUCGCCCGGAAGCUGAAGAUUGAUGACCCCAAGGUGCUCGAGGAGAAGUUCCAAGAAAUCAAAGACAGUGUGCCGGACGGAGCACCCUACGUCAUGACGCACGCGGAUCUGAAUCUCACCAAUAUCAUUGUCAAGGAUGACAAGAUCGAAGCCAUCAUCGACUGGGAGAUGGCUGGAUUCUACCCGUGGUGGGCAGAAGUAUUCAGAGUCGGCAGAUCCUACCCCCCCGCGGAAGAGUUCUUCAACGGUGUCUUCGAGAGAGUCGACCCCAAGUUGAGAGAGGAUUACUGGGUACCCAAGGUCUUCGGCUGGAAGUUCUUCCAGACCAUGGGUUAUUACCACCACGCAGAUCACGAACCCUCCGACCCGGACGCACACACCGGCGGCUACUUUCGCGGUCCCUUCUGCAAAUGCCACCCGGACCCGGGAUGGAUAGACCCUGUGGCAGUCGGAGUCAAGUUCAAGCAUAUUGCGUGGGAUUGGAGGAAGCUUAUGAAGAAGACCAGUGAAGAAGGAAACUGA